AUGAAGUUUUCCACACUUCUCCUAUGCCUGUUGGCUCUCUCAGCCUUCAGCGUCGUGUUGGCCGGUCGCCUAGGCGAAGGUGAGGGUGAUCUUGACGCCUGCCUCCAGGGCCUUUCCGAGGACUCCCAGACCGAGGCCACCCUCGAGAUCGAGCUUGAUGCUCUCAAGGCCGAGUACGACAGCAUCCGCCACGAAGUCGACGUGUGGCAGUGGUACAGAGACGACAACCGAACGGACGCCAUGGUCUGUCUCAAAAACCUCACCCUUUGCAACGACGCCAACGAGUUCAAGACUGUCAGCGUCAACGGCGACAAGAGGGAAGUCCACUACCGCGAUGUUGAGCAGUUGAAGUUCAAACACCCGAUCGAGAAGCACGAGGACGCGCUCAAGGCCCGCAUCGCGGCGCUGGAUAGGCACUUCGCGAAGGGCGGCGUAAAGCUCUCGCCCAAGAGGCACACUCGCGAGGUCCUCCAGUGCACCCUCGAACAGUGCAUCGAUUUCCGCGCCUCCAGCAUCGCCUACAUCAACAGCCUCGAGAUGGCCAUUGAGAAGUACCAUCAAAAGAUUUCCGAUGUUAAGAACGGCGUCAUCACCUGGUCUAGGUUCUCGCGGCAGUACCAGGAUCUUCUCAAUGUGUGCCUCGCCACGCUCGACAAGUGCACCAGCGGCGCGCGUCUUCUGAAGAUUUCCUACACCAACGGUUCGCCUCGAACGUUUUCGGCCAACGUGAAUGCCGCGUGGGCCGGCCUCGGCGACAGCACUUUCUCCUUCGCCGCCUAUGACGCCGAGCUGAGUGCUCUGAGCACCGGAGACGACGUCGCCGUCGAUGACGCGUUCAGCGGCACCAACCUCGACGGUCUCACGCUGACCGCAUUCCCCGCCGCUCCUCUUGCCGACGGCGAGAGCAUCUUGCUCGGUAAUCUUGAGGCCGACGCGACCUACCACACCCAUUUCAGCUACAUCGCCACUCAGGUCAACAGCGCGUACCAGCUGCCUCUGCCCGGAACCAGCCUGGUACUCUUCGAUGAGGAAGGCAACUUCAUCCACGAUGCCUCCAGGGAGCCCAACAAGAGGAGGAGCACCAGGGGCAAGAGGUACAACUGGCCCGACCUUGACUGCGGCGCCGAGGGCCACCCCAUCCCCUUCGGCGAGCCUCACAUCAGGACUUUCCUCGCCACGGACCUCUUCUCCGAGGGCGCUAUCGACUCCAACAACGGCGGCUACGGUGCCUUCACGGUGGAGGAGAUCCGCUUCGUGGCACCCUACCCUUCGUCCAUCCCCGCGUCCGCCUUCCUGCCGGAGGGGGCAGUGUAA